AUAAGAAUUGUUCGACUCUGGACCUAUAGGCUACACACCAAUCCAAGACGUCUUUGGGACGGUCCUGCACAACCUUUUCUUCGCGGUGGGCAAAACUGGACGGAGUAAAUGAGAACUGUAGUAACAACAAAGCGACGUGGGCUCCAUGAUGAAAGGAUUUUGAAUGGGAGGCGAUAAUUCUAACUGAAGAGAGGAAAUCAAUGUGGAUGAAAACAAAGGCGAAUCCAAGGCACAGCUAUUUUAGAUCACCGCAUUGCUUUGACUCAGCUCACAAUGAAAUCGCACCCCCUCCCCAGCAUGCUACCGCAAGAAAUGACCGUUCUCCGACGUCUGCCUUAUAAUUAAAAUGGUAUUGUUUUCGUGGUAUAGACCCACUGUUUAAACCUGAAAAUUAUGGAAAGGAUACUCUGUUUCUAAGGAAAAAUCUACGCGCAAGCAUGGUCCCCUCAAGAGCAGGUGGAUUCAGCGAAGUGGAUACACAGUGCACAGCACAAGAAGAGCGCACCACAAUUUUCGGACUAAACCUACAAAGAAUGACAUUCAUUAUGUUAUCUGCUGUUUGAUUUCAAUUAUGCUCUUUUUCGAAUCGAUAUGUAGCCUAUCAGAACUUCAGGAUAGUCAUCCAAGGGAUGUGGUUUUUACGGAACUGACGGACGCACGUUUGGAGGAGACUAGUCUACUGAAAUAUUUGUGUCAGGUCUUCAAAAGGGAGAUUUAUUGGAAUAUAUUAACAUUUUCAAGGCAAUUAGGACAUCAUCGUGUUUAAGGAUGCCUGAAGCACUUGCGCCAUCCCAAGCACUCUAUAUAGGAAUGGAAGUGGUUAUUGCCGUGGCAUCGGUUAUAGGAAAUGUGAUGGUGGUUUGGGCGGUGAAAAUUAAUAAGUCGUUGAGAGAUACGACGUUCUGUUUCAUCGUUUCCCUGGCACUAGCGGAUAUUGCAGUGGGAGCACUCGUCAUACCUUUGGCCAUAACAAUUAGCAUCGGACUUCAAACUCACUUUUAUAGCUGCCUGCUCGUGGCGUGCACGGUUCUGGUCCUGACGCAAAGUUCUAUCCUUGCGCUUCUAGCCAUUGCCAUUGACCGCUAUCUUAGGGUCAAGAUUCCAACCAGCUACAAACGGUUGGUGACCCCCCGGCGGGCGGGGGUGGCGGUGGUAGUGUGCUGGACGGUGGCUUUCAUUGUGGGUCUCACCCCCAUGCUGGGCUGGAACAACCUGUGGCGGCUACAGCAACAGAACGGCUCGCUGGACUCUGACCUGGUUAUCACCUGCCAGUUUGAGAACGUCAUCAGCAUGGACUACAUGGUCUACUUCAACUUCUUUGGCUGGGUGCUCCCUCCGUUGGUGGUCAUGUUGCUCAUCUACGCUGAGAUCUUCUACAUGAUCCACAAGCAGCUCAACAAGAAGGUCAACAGCCACGCCGAUCCCAACAAAUACUACGACAAGGAGUUGAAGCUGGCCAAGUCACUAGCGCUCGUCCUCUUCCUGUUCGCCAUCAGCUGGCUCCCCCUCCACAUCCUCAACUGCAUCACGCUCUUCUGUCCGGCCUGCCACAAACCCAUGUUCCUCCUCUACAUUGCCAUCCUGCUCACCCACGGCAACUCGGCUGUCAACCCCAUUGUUUACGCCUUCCGUAUCAAAAAGUUCCGCACAGCCUUCCUCAAAAUCUGGAAGCAGUACGUUUGUUGCAAGGAAGGACCGGCUAUCGAAACCCAGCCAAGCGAGAGGAAGGAGAUACCAGAUCCCCACACAGACCCACUGCAACCUCCGCAGAAGGAGGUCAUGAAACAGGAUCCGGCCCAGAAACCCGCACUGCAGGCCCAGAAUGGUGACCCGUCUCCAACAGGCAAAGAAUCACUGGACAUGCUGGAGCAGAAAAAGAUCUAGGUGUAGGUAUAGUUCAGUGCUAUCAAUGGAGAUGAAUGGGAAUCUUGCCCACGGAUAUCAUCGACCUCUUUUGAAAUAUUUUCAGAAAAUGAGUUGUCAGUGACACAAAAUGGCAAGCUGAGCGAGGCGUGGCAGCUUGCAGUCUUAAUCUUAUGAGACUCUUAAAUCAUGAACUGAAGACAUGUUAAUGUUGAAAAAGAGUACAAAAGAUUAAUGGUUAAAAGGGUCAUAGAAACUUGCAAUGUCUCUUUGAUAAGAAUACCACUCCAUUUGUA